AUGGGGCUUUUGAAACUGUUGCCGACGAGUGUUUUGGAAGGAAUGAAUGAUGCGGGUGCUUAUUAUUACGCUUGUUAUUUGUGUAUCAAUAUCUCGGCAUAUGUUCCAGUCGCACUUCUUACGUCCGUCGCAGUUCGCCACCCUCGCGUAGCAACGCAUGUUCAAAAUAGAUGUCGCAUGAAAAUUCAAAACGCCCAGAAAUCGGCGAAUUCGCCAACCCUGAACCCUUUCAAAAAGAAACUUGCUCAGAGAGCCGAGAAAAAGUAUCAGAAGCUCUUGACAUUAGCCGAAGACGAUGCGAAGAAAUUCUAUUUCGGAAUUAUGCUCGGGCUAUUUUUAAAUGAAACGAUUCUCAUGCCGCCUCAGUUGAUCCUAGCGUAUCCAAUGACUACUCCUUUCAAAAAGCUUGUUCAAAUGGUUCCUCAAAUCGACGAGCCACUCACUUCCGUCUCUGACUGGUGCUUAGAAAGUGUCCGUGGUGAAAUUAAGCGGCGCGAAUUGAAGAGACUCGCCAAGCUCGCGAAAAUCAACGGAGAAAGUGCUAUCUAA